UACUCAACCCUUAUAUAUCUAUAUAAUUUUUGAAUUACCUGAGAUAGUCAUCAAAUUUGAUAAAGUUUUGCUUUUAAGCAAGGUGCAAAGUCGAACAAAAAGCGUAAAGUUUUGUUACGAUUUUUGGAAAAUGAUAAACUAUAUAAUACAAUCAGUCGAUCAGGCCUAUUUCAACAAACCUUGAGACUUGUUCACAUAUGAACAAACAGAUAAUCUGACGUAAAUUUAUACGCGACUAUAUUGACUCAGCUGUUGAUAUGGAUUGACAAUUUAUACAAUCUAUUCUGUAUAUUAUUUAAAUAUAUGCAACAAAGGAACGUGUUCGUAAUUGAUUAAUUUGCAGACAAAUUUGAAUUUCGCACAAUUGCUGAAGGCAUUUGCUCCAAUGUGCACACCAUGUGGAGCAAGAGGAAAACGGGUGCAGCCGUGGUCAUUGGGCACUCUUGGCAUGUCCAUCAACAAAUGGGCAUGCUCAGCUCGUAUCGCGAUGAACUCCGUCUCUGCGUCUGUUUCCGUCUGUGUCUCCGUCACUAGCUCCGGCUCCGGCUUCGGCUAAUCAGUCAGCAAGGCACUCAGCGAAGCGUGAAACGCAAUUGCUGAUAUCUAGACACAUUCAAUUAAUAAAAUCAACAGCAACAACUGUGCCCACAUCCACGGCCCUUCAAUACUUGUCCCUGCCCUGUCAGUUUCCAGGACAACGGGGCAAACGGACAUGGGACAUUUCUAUAUUUUGUUCAGCCAGUCAACGCCUAGCCAUGCGCAAGUACAAGCCAGCGGCUGGUGGCGUAGAGCUCUGGUCGCGCCGUCUUUUGUUGGUGCUUUACCAAACGGCUCGCGGCUUGUCGCUGCUCUCCAGCUCGCUGGAUGUGGAGCAGGAGCAACUGCAGCUUAGGACGCCGCGUCAGCAGUGCAACCGACUUUUGGUCAUACUCUGGCGCGCCAUAUUGGUUAGCAUAUACUCGAGCCUGGUUCCGGGAAUCUUCUAUACAGUGAAAACUAUACAAAGCUAUGCAGCUCUAAUUGUUCUGCUGCAGUCCAGCUCCGUGACCCUCUUUGCCGUCGUCUCCUUCAUAAUGCAAGUGCGUGCAGAGUCCAAAUUUAUGGCAGUUUUGAAUCAUUACAUUGCGCUCUAUGGCCGCAUCUGUGUCCUAACCGAGGCGGAGAAUCUCUUUACGCUCAAGUUUCCGGUUUUCUAUGCUCUGAAGCUGCUUCUAACUCUGUGCGGCUGUCUCUAUGAGCUGCCGCAGCUGCUACCUCUGCGGCACAUCAUGCACAUGGAUGUUGGCCAUGUGAUUGGCGGUCUAAUUGCGAUUUACUUAUGGCUAGGCACACUUUUUCUGCUGGACGCAUGUUUCCUCGGCUUCUUCGUAUCUGGUGUACUCUAUGAGCACAUGGGCUCACAUAUUGCGAUCAUGCUGCAGCACAUGCGAUCCAUUGAUAUCGAUAGCCAGAACCAGGCAUCGGAUGAGGAGUCCGACACGUAUCUUAAUGCGUACGUGAAUGUAAGUGCGAUGCCGCCACGGCUGAGUCACUACAGACGUAUGUGCUUACUGUGCGAUCGGGCCGACGAGCUGGAAGCUUGUGGCGUUAUCUACACUGAGCUCUACAGAGUUACUCUCUCGUUUCGCGACAUUUUCCAGUGGCAAAUCAUAUUUUACAUAUAUUACAACCUAAUUGUGUUGCUUAUAAUGCUUUACGAGUAUAUAGUUAACUAUUUGGAAGGGACCCAGGGUGAAAUAGUGCCCGUGGUGAUGGCCUGCAUUAAGAUGGCCAAUAUUGUCCUGUUGGUCAUGUGCUCGGACUAUAUGAUCAAGAAAUCACAGAUGCCACAGAUAUUGCCUUUGGACAUUGUAUGCACCGAUGUAGACGAGCGAUGGGACAAGAGCGUGGAGUCCUUUUUGAACCAGUUGCAAACGCAACAGCUGCAAGUCAAAGUACUGGGCAUCCUUCAGCUUGAUAAUCGAUUUAUACCAACUAUAUUAUCGGCGAUUAUAACGUAUCUUUUCAUAUUAAUACAAUUUGCUUUCACGGGCGGCUUUGAAGUAGCCGAAGAAAUUGCCAGAUUGAAUUUAACAGUUGAAAAAUAA